CCAGUGUACACAGACUGUAAGAUUUACUGUGUUGCCUGCUGUUGAUUACAUUCCAGACCUUCUGAAACAUCACAUUUGAGGAUUAAGAUUUACCGGAGAACAGUUCUUGCACACUACUUUAAACUUUCCCUGCUGGAAGUGACUGAGGUUCCAAAGAAACAGUCUUUUGAACAACUGUCAUUUCUUCAUUAGGACACCUGGAUACCCAAAGGUCAAGGAUGUGGCUGUUUAUAGCAGCAGUGUGCUUAAUCCAACAUGCUACAAAUACAGAAGAACUCAGAACCAAGAGACAUCUGAAUCCUCAAGAAUUCAUGACCGUGGGUAAAAUCAUCCAAUAUUGGGGAUACUGCAAUGAACAAUAUGAAAUCUUGACAGAUGAUGGAUAUUACCUGCAAAUAAACAGAAUUCCUUAUGGAAUACACACUCCUGGGAUGAAAGGACCUAAGCCAGUCAUCUUACUUGUACAUGGUUUGAUGAUGGAAGGCAGAAUGUGGCUGGCAAAUUCUCCCAGCAAUAGUUUGGGAUUUGUCCUGGCAGAUGCUGGUUAUGAUGUAUGGAUACUAAAUAUUAGAGGUUCAACUUGGUCUAGAAAACACCAGAAUCUUUCAAUUGACCAGGAAGAAUUUUGGGAUUUCAGUUUUCAUGAAAUGGGGAUAUAUGAUAUUCCAGCAGCAAUAAACUUUAUCCUGCAAAAAACUGAGCAAGAACAAUUGUAUUAUAUUGGCUUUUCUCAAGGUGCUGCAAUAGGUCUCAUUGCCUUUUCAACCAUGCCGGAGCUUGGUCAAAGAGUCAAGCUUUUCAUAGCCCUAGGUCCUGCCUAUACACUUACAAAUAGCAGUGGGCUUCUGUAUGGAUUCAUGCUAAUUCCUGAGGGAUUAAGAAAUCUUAUAUGGGGCAACAAGGAAUAUUGUAUUUUUAGUAAUGGACUAAAAACCAAGAUUGCCAAAUUCUGCAGCUCUGCAGUAAUAGACAGGCUUUGUCUCGAGUUCAUUUUCCUUAGUUUUGGAUUUAAUGAGAAAAAUCUAAAUGUGAGUCGAUCAGAUGUGUAUCUUGGAAUCUAUCCUGAUUUUACUUCUGUAAAAACAAUGAAUCAUUGGGGACAGAUUGCUGUUUCAAAUGAAUUUAAAUAUUUUGACUAUGGAUCUAAGAACAAAGCUAUAUACAACAUGGUAAGGAAAAGGAGACCACUCCUCCAUUUUAUAGUAUAGAACAUAUGACCGUGCCAACAGCUGUGUGGAGUGCUGGGAAAGACAUUGCUGUAGAUGAAACGGAUACAGAACUCUUGGUCCAUCGAA